AUGCACCGGGCAGCCCUGAGAGCGUUCCGGACGACAUUCACUUGCUCCAGUGCCGUCCGCAACCUCUCCCGUGCCUCACGAACAUCCCGCCGAGCCCUCUUCGCCGCCAGCCAAGCCGCUCAUCGCCAGCCCGCUGCUAAUGAGCCUCUGAGAUCCUCCAUGUACUUCCGCCGCUUGCCCGCCGCCUUAAUCUCCGGUAUUGUCGUUGGAUACGGCGCCUGGUACUCGUACAACUCGACAGGCAGCGUUCCCGGGAGCCCCUUCGUCGCGCGAAGCUUUACUUCCACCCAGGGCGCGAGCGAUGCCCUGCCGACCAGGACUGUUCUCGUUGUCGGCGCAGACGAGCUCCGACAAGGCACCAUUGUGGGGGAAGGGCCUAUCCUAAAGCCCACGGUCGACGGCCGUCGGAUUGUCGAGAUGUUGACCCCGGAGCAGGCUACCGAGAAGUUGAGGGCGCUGGAGCAGUCAUUCUCUGUGAGCAGGGGACGGGGUGUGACGAGGUACGAUCUCGUCCAGUUGCCGAGUAAUGAUCCUAUCGAGGACGACCAUGCCGAGAAGAUUGUCCAGGUUCCCAGCCGGUCUGCUGGUGUCGACGGAACGAGCAGCGACUGGAUGUUCUGGGGUGUCUUUGACGGUCAUUCCGGCUGGACAACGUCAGCAACUCUUCGCGAAAGUCUCAUCAACUACGUCGCCCGCGAACUCAACGAGACGUACAAAUCCUCCAAAAGCGGCCCCCCUACCAACGAAGCCAUCGACUCGGCCAUCAAAACGGGCUUCAACCGCCUCGACGACGAAAUCGUCCACAAGAGCGUAGAAAAGGUCUUCAAGGCCAGCUCCAAGGCCGUGGCCGCCGAGCUCCUCCAGCCCGCCCUCUCGGGCUCCUGCGCCCUCCUCUCCUUCUACGACAGCCGCAGCAACCUCCUACGCGUAGCCUGCACCGGCGACUCGCGCGCCGUCCUUGGCCGCCGCUCAGAGUCCGGCAAAUGGACCGCCACCGCACUCUCCGAGGACCAGACGGGUGGCAAUCCCGGCGAGGCCGCACGCAUCCGCAAGGAGCACCCCGGCGAGGACGGCGUCGUCCGCAACGGCCGCGUCCUCGGCGGCCUCGAGCCGACCCGGGCCUUUGGCGACGCCGUCUACAAGUGGUCCCGCGACGUGGCCGGCAAGCUGCGCACGUCCUUCUUCGGCCGCAGCCCCUCCGCCAUGCUCAAAACGCCGCCCUACGUCACCGCCGAGCCCGUCGUCACCACCACCAAAGUCAGCCCCGAAAAGGGCGACUUCCUUGUCCUCGCCACCGACGGCCUCUGGGAGAUGCUCACCAACGAAGAAGUCGUCGGCCUCGUGGGCCAAUGGAUAGAAAACCAGGCCGCCUCGUCAUCCGGCCCGUCGUCACGGUCCCAGUUCGAAGCGGCGUGGUCCAAGAUCUUUGGGUCGCAGAGCAAGCCGCUCCCCGUGGAGCAGUCCAAGACGGAAGGAAGCGACGGCCAGCGGGCGCCCAUCCGUCUCCAGCAGUGGGGCAUCAACCCCGACGCCAAAGACCGCUUCAUCGUCAAGGACAAAAACGUGGCUACGCACCUGGUCAGGAAUGCGUUGGGCGGCAACAACGACGAGCAGGUGAGGGCUCUGCUCACUCUUCCGUCUCCCUUUUCCAGAAGAUACCGGGACGACUUGACAGUCCAGGUGAUUUUCUUUGGAGACGGCCCCAAAACAGGCGAGGUUACGAUAAAUCUCGAUGCUACUGCCGAGACAGCCAAGCCCCGGCCCAAGCUGUAA